UUAACAACUUAAGAGCGACCAACGCGCUCAACGGAAAGAGGCGCGAGACACUCGGAGUUGAGUUGGGGUGGGCGGGGCGUGUCGGAGGAGCCAGCCAAUCGGACGUUUGUUUUCGCCCUCGAGCGAGCACUAGAGAAGUUGUGCGCGAGAAGCCGUCUCCCGGACAGGCCGUCGUUCGUGUGAAGUAAGUUGGAGGCGCGAUGGAGGCGCUUUACUGCUCCCUCCUCUUAUUGCUCCUGCUUGCGAGGAGCGGGAUUCACGCCUUAGAGUGCUAUUGCCACCCUUGUAGCAACGCGACCUGCCAGACAGAUGGGGUGUGCUAUGUAUCUAUCAAGAGAUCAGGUAGCACGAUCACUGUGGAGACGAAGAUGUGCAUCCAAAAGAAAGACCUGUUUCCCGACGGCCGGCCCUUUGUGUGCACCGAGUCUGUCAAGCCUGACGUCAGUCUCCACCCCAAGUGCUGCAACACUGACCUCUGCAACACAGACCCCGUAAUAGACCCAGUGCCCCCUCCACGACCCACGUCCUUGGGCCCGGUGGCACUGGCGGCAGUCAUUGCAGGCCCAGUGUGUGUGCUCUGCUUUGUGCUGGUGCUGGUCUUCUACAUCUGCCACAGCCGCUCUGUCAUUCACCAGCGUGUGCCGAAUGAGGAGGACCCCUCCAUGGACCUCCCCUUCCUCGCUGAUGGCACCACCCUUAAGGAUCUCAUUUAUGACAUGACCACCUCAGGCUCUGGCUCUGGCUUGCCCCUUCUCGUGCAGAGGACCAUUGCCAGAACCAUUAUUCUUCAAGAGAGCAUUGGCAAAGGCCGCUUUGGUGAGGUGUGGCGGGGACGCUGGCGCGGUGAGGAGGUAGCCGUUAAGAUCUUCUCCUCCCGAGAGGAGCGCUCAUGGUUUCGUGAGGCCGAGAUCUACCAGACUGUUAUGCUUCGCCAUGAAAACAUCCUCGGUUUCAUUGCUGCCGACAAUAAAGAUAAUGGCACGUGGACACAGCUGUGGCUGGUGUCCGAUUACCAUGAGCACGGCUCUCUGUUUGACUACCUGAAUAGGUAUACAGUCACUGUGGAGGGCAUGAUCAAGCUAUCCCUGUCCACCGCCAGUGGUCUGGCCCACCUGCACAUGGAGAUUGUUGGGACACAGGGCAAACCUGCAAUUGCCCACCGUGAUCUGAAAUCGAAAAACAUCUUGGUGAAAAAGAAUGGGACCUGCUGCAUUGCUGACCUGGGCCUGGCUGUUCGCCAUGAUUCCGCCACAGACACUAUUGACAUUGCCCCCAACCAUAGAGUUGGCACAAAGAGGUAUAUGGCCCCUGAGGUCCUGGAUGAUUCAAUAAACAUGAAGCACUUUGAGUCCUUCAAGAGAGCAGAUAUCUAUGCCAUGGGCUUGGUGUUCUGGGAAAUUGCACGCCGCUGUUCCAUUGGAGGUAUCCAUGAGGAUUACCAGCUGCCGUACUAUGACCUGGUGCAGUCGGACCCCUCGGUAGAGGAGAUGCGGAAAGUAGUUUGUGAUCAGAAGCUGCGGCCCAACAUUCCAAACAAGUGGCAGAGCUGCGAGGCACUACGUGUGAUGGCCAAGAUCAUGAGGGAAUGCUGGUACGCCAGCGGGGCGGCCCGCCUCACCGCUCUGCGCAUCAAGAAGUCUCUGUCGCAGCUGAGCCAACAGGAGGGCAUCAAGAUGUAGAGCCGCUCCUGUCGUCCUCCAGUGUGCUGCUGCUUCUUUCUUGAAGAGGGGAAAAGCAAUACAGUAAAGAGGUCCCCCCCUUUGGACAACCAUUUCAAUACUUGGAAGGAUAUUUGUUCUACCUCACCGAGGUAGUGGCCUGCACUCUUGCAGCAUUUUCCUGCAGAUUCCGCGGAGGAAGGUGGUGACAAGUUCUGACCUCCACCCCACCCCCGAGAAAACUCGUCCCCGCAGCCCUUCUCCCAGCUCGGAGCCGAGGGUGUUCUUUCCGUUUGCCUGUUUUUGGACCCCCCCCCCCCCCCCGCCCCCAGGCACUUUGGGCACCCACCCUCCUUUCCCUGUCAUCAGUAAAACUGGAGAAAAAGAACAAGCAGGAAAAAAGAGCUGCAUUUGAACAUUUUAGUCACCUAAGCGAUGUUACUAACAGUGGGAGACUGGUGUAGCAACAUCAAGAGAGCAUUACAGAUAAAUGAAAUGCAUAGUAUUCCAUUUUAUUUGUAGUAGUUUUUAGGAUAAGUAUUUAAAGUUGGUGUUUCCAUCCUUCCCACCCCCCCGUUUUUGCUUUGCCUUGGAGAGACAACUGUUUGCCUGCUGACUGUCUCUUUGGGAAUGUAUUGCACCUUUUUUCUCUUUACUUUUUUCUAUUAUAUUUGACAGAUCACUUUUAAUAUUUUUUGCAUACAAAAACUGAACAUGACCUCAUUCUGUCUUGGCAAACAAGAUGCGACAUAUGCAAUAUAUAACGUGCCUGCAUACACGUGUAUUCAUGUCUAUUUACAUGCUUAUGCAUUAUGCAUGUGCUCACAUGUAUACAUACGUAUGCACACACGUACAUACAGUUACUGCUGUUUGUUUAACCAUGCCUUCCAAGCCAGGUUUUACCAGAAAGUGCCAGUACUCUGAAUCAGACCCGAUCACCAGUAGCCAGCAUGUGAGGAGCUUGCGUGCGGUUGGAUCGAAUUGUCAGGGAAGGGGCGUGGGAAUACCCACCGGCACCAUCGCCGCACCCUCCCGCUUCGGCCAUCCGCACCCAGCCUCCUCGUCCACGCAGCGGCCCGUUCGCGUUGCUCCUCGGGGUCCGCUGCUGACCCCACGCCAGGACCUCGGCACAUCUUUACUGCUGCGAACAAAAGCAUUAACGGAACUGUCCUGUUCUCACAUGUUAGGCUUUUGAUUUCUUUUGGUUUUGGUGUGUGUGUGUGUGUGUGUGUGUGUGUGUGUGUGUGCUUUUUUUUUUUUCUUCCUCCUCCCCUCUGUAUCUCUACACAUACGUAUUCAUGGUGUGCAGAGUGGUACAUUUUAUUCAAAUAUAGCAAGUGCAUAUUUUCAAAGCCAUAGGUUUUUCAGCAUUUUGUGGCAAUUUUUCUACACGAAUGUACAUUUUUUAAAAAAAAAAUUGCUGUUACAAGUGCUCGUCUUCGAGUUUAAUUAGAGCAUGUCUUGUGGGACCAAUAGAAAUCUAAUCUUAUUAAUUGUGAGCUGUGGCCCAACAUUCCGAACGAGUGGCGGAGUUGUGGCCGUCAUCACCCUGUUGGAAGGAAGAAAGGUACACGAUUGGGUUGGACUUAUAAAGCACCAUAUUACCACGCAGGGUGUCAGCUUGUAGGAUUGAUGGGUGAAUCUGAUAUUCUGAUUACGGAAUUUGGAUGAAUUUUUAGCGCGUAUGCCGACGUACGUUUUUCCUAGCACGCAACGUACAGCGUAUUUACUUUUGAGACAGCUUUGUGUGCUAGGAAAAACGUUUCUGUGAAGGUAUUAAAUCUGUGUCCAUGUAGCCAUUUCCCCCCUCCCCCACCCAUGCUUGGUUCCUUCUGUUUAGUAAUAAGUGCACUUCUGAGCAUCCGUCUGCUCUGCUCUGCGAUAAUACGGUUCGCUGUGGUCUGUGACGUGGCGAGCGCAGACCCGUGGGUAAGGAGGCACUCUGCAGCAGUCUUCCUCACUGUCCCUUGUGUCUGUAGCAACAGGGGACCACUUUGCAAGCAAGCUCAUCUUUUGCCCUUCGACGUAGUCGGACGAGGCGUGAAAGUGCACCGUGAGAUCCGGCUCCUCCUCUGCAGUCUAGCAAAACGGCGUCGACCAGAAGUAAUUCGCCCUGGGAAUAUGGUGAGCCGAGCAGACAAUGUGUCAUGGAGUCCCGUUACACGUUAACAUGGAGAGUCGUUCUAAAGUACAGUAUCAUUGUGCAGAGCAAGUAGACAUUUGUCAGCCUCUUCAGCUGUAUGUCUCUGAAAGGCGAACGAAUACGUGCGAACAACGGAGGUGUAGAGACGUGGAAUCGGAAACUGCUGCUGGUAACGCCCGUGAACACAAGUGAGCCGGUAGCAAUGUCAUCCUCUGUAAUUCUCGCAGCCGCGCUGUGUCGCAAGCGGGCCGUCCUCGUUCCGUUACUGCGUUUACUCUAGUCUUAAAUCGCCGGCAGCCUUUUGAUUUCCGCUUCCGUGCUAAAGGGAUGGAAACCAUAUUUUGGUAUUCCUCGGUGGAACACGCAUCCGGGUAUCCCGCACCACGGUGACCGCUUCGGCCAACCGUAUCGUUGCUCCUCGGGUGUUCGUGAUUGUUGCUGCUUGUGAGCUUUUCUUCUUCGCGAAGAAGGGGAGUCGUGGCUUCGGGCACCGACGGAGAGAUGGACGGCCGCCGAGCGCGGAGCGGAGGCCAUCGCCGUAAAACAACGGGGACUACUCCGCAAACCCUUUUGUGACCCAAACCAGUAAGUCUGAAGUGGCACAAUACCUGUUAACAGAGCAGAGAUGUUCUGAAGUAUUUGCACCCUUCAGAACAGGAGGAAAUGAUGCAGUAAACGCCACUGAAAGCGUUGUAGAGUAGGGCAGGAAAUUUUAGUUUUGUACAAGGUGCUCCGCCGUCUUAUGGUCCUUUUACACAACUUUCGUUUCCGUACGCUUCCCGGAAGUGAAUGUCAAAUGUGAUGCAGGACUCAAAACGUGUUUAUUUUUGCCUUCGCUGGCCUUGUCUUGGGGGAGACGGUAUCGGUUUAAUGAAACAACAUCAUUAAAGAGACUCCGGUUCUCUCCUGUUGCAGCACUCGGACAGAGUCAAAGCUGAGCGCUGGAAGGGAAUCCCGACGCUUUGGUCUCUUUCUGCCUGUUGUCCGCUUUGAAAGGCCAACACUUGUCACCUUUAACCCCGGUCCAACGGGGCUGCUCGGUUUGGUCACAAAAGGGAGCAACAUGCUUUAAACCAGCCAAGGUGCUUAUUCACUUAGACUGCAUCUUGGCUGCAUUAGUGAGACCACUGUGCACAGGUAGAGGAAAGCUUGACUAUAUUUUUAGUGCCUGAGUUUCACUCUUUUACCAUAUCUUUUUCUCCUCCCACCCGGAAUUAUGCACUAUAUGUGAUUCAGUUCCUGUGUUUGCGUUAACUUUAUUUUUUCUGAACUAAUUUAUGGAAAGAAAAUGAACUUUAAUGAAAUGUAAUGAAAGGAUAGCGAUAAAAGGUAUAAAAAGUGACAGACCUCCUCUCUAAAAGACCAAUGUGUUUUUAUCUCUGUGUACAUAAUGAAUUUGUUUUACCUGCAGGUUUUUUUUUUUUUUUUGCCGCCCCCUCCUUUUUUCUAUAAAAUGUUACACAUUUCGUCAGUGGUACUCAUAAGCUUAUAGUGAUUGUAUUGUGCCCAUAUUGUAGAAAGUAAUGUUUCCCUUUACAAUUUAGUCUGAUGCUUUUUGUCAUAUUUGCGAUGCAUAUAAAUAAUGGCAAAACCCCUUUGUUUUGUUUCCCCUCCCUCUGAGCAAUGUAGAAAAUUUCUUGAACGGUGUAUUUUAUUUUGCUUUGCUGACAGUCAGGAGGGCGGCACCAAAGACACUUUUCGAGGGACCGUCUAGCCGUUGUCCAAAAGUGCCACAUGUUGGCGGCUGUCGCAUGUACAGGAAGGUUGAACAAUCAGCAGAGGAAAGUAGCGACAAGUGGUUCUUAUGCUGAUUUUUAACUUGGUGCAGCAGUUAUGUGAAUAAAAGAUUU